GGUUCUGUGAAAAAGAGAGAAAUCAGUUUAGUCUCUGAGCAAGUCCAGGUUUGGUGUCCUGUGAGGAAAGACAUCCUGUCAUCAACAGCAAAUUGGAGUGGAAGAGAAUGCACAGAACUUUGUGGGAGUGAAAGGAACACUGGAUGUUGCAAUAAUUUACAAAGAGCCCAUUGUUACUCAAAUCUUUUUAUGGAUCUUCUUUCAGUAAACAGGAGGCCACCGCUCACAGCAGAAGCAAUGUAUUAGUGUUCACUUUAACAUCGCUGCAGUUCAGAUAUUGUGCCUGUUUCUCCAUGUGAUCCACUGGGGACAUAAUCCACUGACCACUCCACAUCUGUGACAUGUGGUACCAUGGAUUGGGCUCAACAUUUCAGUAUUUCUGUUCACUUUCUCUCAGUCAAACUAUGAAACCUCAGCCAAGCCAGAAAACAACCUAAUGAAUCGAGCAACAACACAAACCGGGCAAUCACAGAGUGAGUACCCGUGAGCGAGUACCAGCACAGGCACGAUGGGGAGAGAGCAGGGAAUGAGAUGAGAGUAGAAUGCUUAAAUGGGGAGUGAGCACCAGCCUUGUUCUGUGGUGCAUACUUUCUAUUAUUCUAGCUUUGAUUUGUCGUUCACCUUUUUUUCCUCUUGUUUUGUAGAUCAAGCCUUUGUUACUCUCGCCACUAAUGACCUGUAUGGCAAAGGUGCCCUGGUGCUGGGCUGCUCCCUACGGAAUCACAAGACCUCACGCCAACUGGUUAUUCUCAUCACCCCUCACGUCUCCAACAAUAUGAGGGCGGCGCUGGGGCGAAUCUUUGAUGAGGUGCUGAUAGUGAAUGUGAUGGACAGCCAGGAUUCCGCUCACUUAAACCUGAUCAAAAGACCUGAACUGGGCAUCACAUUUACAAAGCUGCACUGCUGGGCUCUCACUCGCUAUUCCAGAUGUGUGUUUAUGGAUGCAGACACAAUGGUCCUCGCCAACAUUGAUGAACUUUUUGAGCGGGAGGAGUUGUCAGCAGCGCCAGAUCCUGGUUGGCCAGAUUGUUUCAAUACAGGAGUGUUCGUGUACCGUCCAUCCAUUGAGACCUACAACGCACUUUUACAGUGUGCAAUGGAGAAGGGCAGCUUUGACGGUGGGGACCAGGGUUUACUGAACAGCUUUUUUGGCAACUGGGCGACAUCCGACAUCAAAAAGCACCUGCCCUUCAUCUACAACCUGAGCAGUAUCGCUGUCUAUUCCUACCUUCCAGCCUUUAAACAGUAUGGAGCUAACGCCAAAGUCAUCCACUUUCUGGGCAGCGUCAAGCCCUGGAACUACUCGUACGACCCAAAUACAAAGGCUGUGAAACGACAGGGUCCUGAAUCAUCCAUCGUUCAUCCAGAAUUCCUGAACAUGUGGUGGGACACCUUCACAGCCUCAGUCCUGCCUCUGCUGGCAGAGUACGGAAUUGAACACAAGUCUCAGACCAGCUCUAGCAUCAGAGAGCUGUCAAGUUUGGUCUAUGCACUGGCUGUCACUUGUGGCUUGCCAUUCUGUAGGAAGGAACAAGCAGCGGAGGCUAUUUCCCAGCUUUCCAUCUCUUCAUCUGACGCACCCCCCGUCUCCUCAGAGGAACGCCGGCAGAGAUGGGAACAGGGGCAGAUGGACUUCAUGGGCGCUGACUCUUUCCAGAACAUUCAGAAGAAGCUGGAUGUCUAUUUGAAUUAAAAACGGAAACGUAUCCCAGCCAAUGAAGCCUGCACCAGGUGAACUGAUCAUGGAGGAGUUAACAGCAUCUCGGCUGGAGCUGGUGUUUGGCUAGAUCACACUUAACCCAUUAGUGGCCUAGUUUGACGUGCUUGUCAGUCGAUGCUGGCAGUUACACAGCGAGAGACUGAAAGUCACUCCCAAACAGCGAGUCCAUCGCAGCCAGCGUUCAACCACAGCACAUCUACAGACUUCCUGCUCCCACUCCCCAAACAAACAGCUUGUGCUUAAUAGUCAAACGUAUUUAAAUCUACUUUUUAAUCUGUGUUCCAGACUCUGGGUUUAAGGAUUUUUACAGAUGCGUAGAGCAGCGUCACGCUAUCUUAUCUCCAAUGUUGCAUGUAUGAGGAAAAUGAUUGCACCCCAUCUGUGGAUAAAGGAGCCUUGUACCUUCUCCCACAGACAAUAAAGAAAGUGACUUCUCC